AUGUAUUUUCCGAAACCUCUUUCUAAGAAAAGAAAUCAGGAGAUAGAUUUCACACUUCUGCAGACUGUUGUAAAGGAUUAUUUGCCCUUCAACAUAGUGGAAAGCAAACAUUUCCAAAGUUUUGUAGGCAAACUGAAGGGUGCUUACAGAAUGCCAUCUCGGAAGACCAUUUCCAAUACACUGCUACAACAACAGUACGCCAUGAUGAAAGAAAUUAGCGACAAUGCUGCUAAUAUUGUGGCAGCCAUAAGACUCACAGCCUGGAAACACAUCACCUGCUUUGCGCACACACUCAAUUUAAUUGUU